GCGACCCCGCCCGAUUUCGGGCUGUCCAUAAUCCACCGUAAAAUACGUGACCGUAAUGCGAUUCAAAACGUGCAGAGCUCACCAAUACACAUCCUGCUGAAACAAUCAGUGCCCCACGACUUGCUAGCGAGAACCUGCCUCGACUCGCCAAUUCACCCACGCCAUUUUAGAUCUAAUCAACCGUCUCUGACAUUUCCAAUCCCAUUGCCGGAGAUCGACAUGAGUCAGCAAACCCCCCCAUCCAUCAAGACUAUCUUCGAGAACAACCAGAAAUGGGUAUCCACGAAAAAGGAUGAAGACCCGGCCUUCUUCGAGAAACUCGCCGCGGGGCAGACACCGGACUACCUAUAUAUCGGCUGCAGCGACAGUCGCGUCCCCGCGAACGAGAUCAUGGGCCUCGAAGCUGGCGAGGUCUUCGUUCACCGCAACAUUGCCAACCUCGUGCCCAACAUCGACCUCAAUGUGAUGUCGGUGGUGAAUUAUGCGGUACGACACCUAGGCGUAAAGCAUAUCAUCGUUUGCGGCCACUACAACUGCGGGGGCGUCAAAGCUGCCCUGACACCGACCGACCUGGGCCUGCUGAAUCCCUGGCUUCGAAACAUCCGAGACGUGUAUCGCCUGCACGAGAAGGAAUUGGACCAGAUCGAAGACGAAAACAAGCGAUACAAUCGCCUGGUCGAACUUAAUGUGAUCGAGUCUUGCAGGAAUGUUAUCAAAACUGCCGCUGUCCAACAGAGUUAUCGUGAUAACAAGUAUCCGAUCGUUCAUGGCUGGGUGUUUGAUCUACGGGAUGGUCUGCUUAGGGACCUCCACAUUGAUUUUGAGAAUAUGCUACAGGAUGUGAUGAAAAUCUACCACUUGUCUCCGGGCUCUGGUCACUCGGAGACGUCUGGUGGUGCUUGAUCGUCGGGGGAAGAGCGCUAUCAACCCACUGCCAAACGACGGGUGGAAGGCAACACAGGGUUUCGCAAUGAAGAGGAGAUUUUCCAAGUUUCCGGAAAACAAACAAGCGUGGUAUAUUGAACGGUAUAUUAAAACGAUACAAAAACGAUAACGCGAAAUUAAAUCCCUCCCCUCUCCAGCCUGAUUAUGGUUCCUCCGCAGCUUCAUUCACUGAAAGCGCCCUCCCAAUCGUCGGAUCGUAAACGAUUCCAUGUAAAUCUAAAUGUCCCCGCCUCGUCGCAUCAGCCACUUCGGAGAUGUUGCGCAAAGAGCGCAAUUGUUCCAAUAUAUUUAAUUCGACGAAGGCGCUGUCCCGUUCGAUCAUGGGUAGUCGGUCGAUAUCGUGCCGAUGUCUCGCGUGGAGGGAAUCAAGCUUCCUGUUAGAACCGUUAGGUGAGCCCAGAAUUGAAAGGCCAGAAAGACAAAGGACUUACCUCAACCACGGGCCUGGCAGGCCAUUUCUCGACGUUGCUUUGACAAUACCACACCCAUAAUGACCACACACGACGAUGUGUUUGACCCGAAGGUCGACGACUGCAUGUUUCACCGAAGUCUCGCACGACAGAUCUCCAUCAAUAAUCAUAUUACCGAGAUUGCGAUGCUCGAGCAUCUCGUCGGGAAGAAAGUCCAGAAUCGUUGUCUCUUUGCAGUCGCUAUCCGAGCAGCCUAUCCAGAGAAUCUGUUUCUCUGACUGCUGCGGGCGCGGUAUGAAGUUCGCACCGAUCGUCCUCGUUGCAUAAUUCAAGCUUCGCGGACUGUCCACCGUCUCACAAGGGACGGGGUUGAUAGCAGCGUCAUUGAACAUUCGGAUCGGCAUCUUGAUUCUUGGGCUUACACAAACGAAGUGCCGGCCAGUAUUGAUCACUUGGCGGUAAAACAUUUAUGAUGGGAAAGGGAAAAAAGCUCGGGGUUUCCUGCCAGGAUAUACGGCCGAGGGGAGAUGCUAUUCCGGCUUGGUGGGCAACUUCAAGGGCGGCGAAUGCCGGGGCGCAGGUUUCAUCCUGAGGGUUGCGUAU